AUGUAUAUUAUAGUGUUUAAUGGUGCAUUCCUGAUCCCAUACAUAAUAUUUCUGAUAUUUGGAGGCAUUCCCGUACUAUUCUUAGAGACAGCAAUUGGCCAAUACUUCCGAAACGGCGGACUGAUCCCAUACAUAAUAUUUCUGAUAUUUGGAGGCAUUCCCGUACUAUUCUUAGAGACAGCAAUUGGCCAAUACUUCCGAAACGGCGGUAUAUCCGUCUGGCAAUUGAUUUGUCCCAUCUCUAAAGGGAUAGGCAUCGGCACAAUAGUUGUCUCAUUUAUACUCAAUUGCUAUUAUAUCGUCAUAAUAAGCUGGGCACUUUUAUACCUAUACUACUCAUUCUCGUGGGUCCUUCCCUGGUCUACGUGUGAUAACGCGUGGAAUACAGCGAGAUGUUGGUCCCCAUACACCAACACCACAGCCAAUGAACACUCUGUCAAUUCGGUCAUUGAAUUCUGGGAAAGAAAAAUAAUCCAGAUAAGUGAAGGCAUCGACCAUCCGGAUGGCAUACAAUACGAGUUGGCGUUGACUUUAUUGAUAGCGUGGAUCUUAUGCUUCUUCUGCAUCUGGAGAGGUAUCAAAUCGACGGGAAAGGCAGCCUAUGUUACCGCUAUAUUCCCAUACUUCGUUAUGACGGCGCUAUUCAUUCGCGGCAUAACUCUUCCCGGGGCCGGGGAUGGCAUUAAGUUUUAUUUAUUACCCGAUAUGAGUCGUCUGAGUGACCCCCAGGUGUGGAUAGAUGCCGGCACUCAGAUAUUCUUCUCGUACGCCAUAGCACUGGGAUGUAUGACAGCACUCGGCAGUUAUAAUGACUUUCACAAUGACUUCUAUCAUCAACUAUUUUUCUUGUGUUGUAUGAACUCCGGGACCUCAAUGUACGCCGGGUUCGCCAUAUUCUCGGUGCUGGGGUUCAUGGCUCACGAACAGGGCCUCACAGUGGGUCAGGUGGCAGAGUCCGGACCCGGACUGGCAUUUAUAGCCUACCCGCGAGCCGUGGCUCAAAUGCCCGGCUCAACCAUUUGGGCGAUUCUGUUCUUUGUGAUGAUCCUGCUGUUAGGUCUGGGCAGUCAGUUUGUGGGGGUGGAGGGGUUCAUCACAUCCGUGGUUGAUAUAUAUCCACAUUAUUUACGAUAUGGCAAACGGAGGGAAUGGUUUAUAUUUGGCACGUGUUUUGUCUCGUAUUUGGUUGGAUUACUAAUGGUGACCAGGGGAGGAAUGUAUGUUUUUCAACUAUUUGAUUAUUACGGAGCAUCCGGUAUGUGUUUGCUAUGGUUUUGCUUUUUUGAGUCCAUUGUCAUCGGAUGGAUAUACAAUGCCGACCGUUUAUAUAAGAAUAUUGAAGAGAUGGUAGGCUUUCGUAUGUUUAUUUGGUUCAAACUCUGCUGGAAGUACUUCACUCCUCUGCUAACUUUCGGGACAUUUAGCUUCUAUGCCAUCACUUAUAAGCCGCUUAAGUAUAACAACAUCUACGUCUACCCCGGGUGGGCCAUUGCUUUUGGCUGGAGUUUAGCGCUCUGUUCAAUGGUUAUCGUCCCCUUAUAUGCCAUUUACAUCUGGUUUUCCACCCCAUACUCAUCAGAUAAAUUAAAGAAACUUUUUGGUUCGUCUCAAAGCCCUUAUUAUGACAAACAGGAGAGCAAUGAUCACAGGAUAGCAAACGUAUCGGAGAACUCGUUAUAAACCAAGUUUUGAUUAUCUGUCAAUCAUUUUGUGUAUAAUUGUAAUCGACUCUUAAUAUACAUUAUUAUUCUGUAUAUUCAUAUGACUUUUUCUAUACUAUACCUGCGCUCUACUAGUAAAUCAUUUUUUCUUAUUUACCAUUAAAC